AUGGGGCAAAAAGGGAAAGUUGGCAGAAUUUUAGAAUUACGAGGACCUCCAGGAUUGAAAGGAAUGCCUGGAAAAUGUGGACCUCCCGGUCCUGUAGGUGAUCCUGGAAAGAGAGGACGUAAUGGAAUGGAAGGUAAAACUGGAAUUGAUGGAAAACAGGGAAAUCAAGGAAUUCCAGGUGGAUGUGGACAUUGUCCUAAACCUAUUAUAGUGACGAAUAAGUUGAUUGAUAAUUAA